AUGGGCCCGACUACCUCGUUCCUCCUCCCCCCCAGAGCAUCGCCCGUGUUGACUUACGACAAAGUGCCAUACUGGGCGCUUCCGGACCUUCUUGGCCUAUUCAUGAGCAAGCUUGGACGGAGUCCCGCUGGAGCAAAUAAAAGGAACUUUUACCUUCCACUCACCGCGGUUUAUGGAAUGUGGUGUAAGAAGCUCAUUGGAGAAGGGGUUACGCCAUACGUUUUCCAAUGUACGUGGAAUGAGGAGGGAGACUUUUUCCUCGGUGCCUCGAGAGGAGCAUACAGUCUUCAUUCAGAGCGACCCUGGCUAGCCGUCGUCGACCGUGCCCGAUUUGGCGUUAUCAAGUCUGAGCCAUUAACGUUGGCCGGCUGGUCAUUGGCCCGAUCACCUUGCAUGGAGUGCAGAAAGAAGAAGGAUGGAACGCCAUUUGGACGUUGCGCCGAGACAUACCCUUUCUGCAAGCUCCUCAAAACCUGUGGGAAGCCGUACUUGUCUUCUCCUCACUAUGACGAUCGACUAUCUGGGCCGAUCUGGGCGAGGUUAUGGAAGCCUUGUUUGAACUGCAAAGAGCUCAUCAGAAUUCACGGUGGCAAGUACGAGAACUUCCUCGUUGCCACUGGAAGUGAAGGCGCUCCGCCCUAAUUGCUCGAUCGACGGCUAGCCAGGUCGCGAAAGACCUUGGAUAUGUCUGUAAAAGGUCCCACCUGUGCCUAUUGACCGGGUCAGGUGUCUUGAGGGAGAAGGAAAGAAAAUACCUGAUCCCGGUAGGGGCCUCACUCCAUCCGUGGAGUGGGUAGCCAUCCUUUGUGGCCUGACACACCCAAAGGACCUACCACCGUCUCGCGGAAAGCAAACCGCGUUACCAAACUCCGACGGAGAAUGUUGA